AUGCCUUUGGCGCCAUUAGGGAAAAGAAACUAAAGGGAUCAGUUGAGAGGAGAUUGUGCAGCAAAUUAGAAAACAAUGGCCAAAGUUAACAUUUGCAAUGUUAGGGUACUUGACAAUCCAUCACCAUUUUUCAACCCUUUUCAGUUUGAAAUUACUUUUGAAUGUCUUGAAGAUCUCCCAGAGGACUUGGAAUGGAAAAUAAUUUAUGUUGGCUCAGCAGAAAGUGUAGAUCAUGAUCAAACAUUAGAUUCAGUAUUGGUAGGACCUGUGCCUGGUGGAAAACAUAUGUUUGUUUUUCAGGCAGGACCACCAGAUAUAUCAAAAAUACCAUAUAAAGAUGCUGUAGGUGUAACUGUAGUAUUGUUGACAUGCUCCUAUAGAAACAAAGAAUUUAUUAGAGUAGGAUAUUAUGUAAACAAUGAAUAUACCGAUCCAGAAUUGAGAGAAAAUCCACCAGAAAAUAUCCAGUUUGAAAAACUAGAAAGAAGUAUUUUAGCAACAUCACCUAGGGUAACAAGAUUUAAAAUAGACUGGGAUGACAAUGCAGUAGAAAAUGGAGAAAACGUUCCUCCAGUACAGAAUAUAGAAAGUGAAUCAAAUCAAUUUCAGUCUCCGGCAGGUUUAAUGAAGGAUGUUCUGUCGAGUAAACCAUCCCCCUCAGCAUUUAAUACUGACAGUAUAAGUAACACUAUGGGUACUGAUAUACCAAUGGAAUGAAAAACAUAUUAAAUCAACUUAUACAACUUCAAAUGUCAAGUUUGGCAGCGAAUGUGGAAUUUUGAUUAUUGAAAACACGAAAGAUGAGAUGGACUUGCAAAUGUGCAGCUAUUUAUAUUUGUACCUCUGGUAAUAGAAUGUCUUGUGAGACAUCGGAUUAAAAUGUUAUUGAAUAGUACAUGUAUGUACAGUGAAUGAAAAAAGUAUGAAAUAAUUUGUUUCAGUAGAAACAAGGUCACAAGUUACCUAUGCUUACAUGUAGUUGAAUUAACAUUCUAGUUAUUCCAAUAUUGUGGUAAGGCUUAUAACAGUUUUCUCUUUGACCUUAGUCAUCAUCCUUAAAUUUUCUCAUUUUUGUCGAGCCUGCGACUUUUGUCGCAAAAGUCAGACUUAGCGAUCCUACAUACCGGCGGCGGCGUCCACAAAUAUUCACUCUGUGGUUAAAGUUUUUGAAAUUUUAAUAACUUUCUUAAACUAUGCUGGAUUUGUACCAAACAUGGACAGAAGCUUGUUUAUGAUCAUAAGAUAGUAUCCAGAAGAAAUUUUUGUAAAAAAAAAAUCCUGUUUUUUCGUAUUUUACUUAUAAAUGGACUUAGUUUUUCUGCCAGUUAACAUUACCAGAUUACAUUCACUCUGUGGUUAAAGUUUUAAAAAUUUUAAUAACUUUCUUAAACUAUCCUGGAUUUGUACCAAACUUGGACAGAAGCUUGUUUAUGAUCAUAAGAUAGUAUCCAGAAGAAAUUUUUGUAAAAAAAAAAUCCUGUUUUUUCGUAUUUUAGUUAUAAAUGGACUUAGUUUUUCUGCCAGUUAACAUUACCAGAUUACAUUCACUCUGUGGUUAAAGUUUUAAAAAAUUUAAUAACUUUCUUAAACUAUCCUGUAUUUGUACCAAACUUGGACAGAAGCUUGUUUAUGAUCAAAAGCUAGUAUCUAGAAGAAAAUUUUGUUAAAAUUAAUUUCCUGUUUUUCCGUAUAUAACUUAUAAAUGGACUUAGUUUUUCUUCCAGUUAACAUUACAUACAGUCUGUAGUUAAAGUUUUUAAAACAUGUAUUAGAUUCAUAAACCAUUCUGGAUUUUUUACCAAACUUGGACAGAAGCUUCUUACAAUCAAAAGGUAGUAUCUAUAGGAAAAUUUUUAAUAAUUUUUUCCCCAUUUUUGUUGAGCCUGUGACUAGCAGCAAAAGUAGGCGAGACACUGGGUUUCGCGGAACCCUUACGAAUUUUUAUCUUCUCUAAAACCACUUAUCCUAUUUAAUUGUCAAAUUUUGAAAUGUAAUCUCUUCUGAUACUACAAGGUGAACUAUUUUGAAAUUUAUGGGGAUUGAUGCUUGGAAGAACCCUUAUGUACAAAUGAUCCUCAUUCUCAUUUGCGGCACACAUAUUGCAUAAAAGUCCUACAGAAAAAUCACAUUUUCACCUUUGUCUGAAACUACUCAGCCAACAUUUGAUGAGAAAUUCAUGCUCCUAAGGGCCUCAUGUUAUUCUAUUUUGUAAUUUCUCAUACUAAAGGUAAUUUGCAACUGCUUGCAUACAUUCAUUGGAGGGGCUGUUCGUAGUAAAUUUUUAGGUACUGACCUGCCUGGUAUUCUUGAGAACCGUAAAAACAGAGUACCAGAGGGUCUUAUGGACCGUUACAAUUCUAACAAAAAAUAGAAUUUUACCUUUUCCUCUUUUAAACACAUAUCCUUAAAAUUUGCAGCAAUAUCCAAAUAUUUUCCAUUACACAUUGAUCAUUCAACAUUCAAUCUAUCUGAAAUGUUUUGAAUUAUGCUAAACUUUCUCAAUUUUAUGGUUCAAUUCUGGACACUUCAAAGUUGAUGUCUGCCUUCCUUGAUAGACUUAAAUUAUUAAAGAUCUUAAUAAAAAAAGUCUUGAAAAUCAUAAGAUAAAUGCUAGCUCUGCUUUUCCAGUUUUACAGUUCAGAUAAAUUAGUAUAUAUAUUUAGAGGGAACCAAAACAAAUUAUUAAAGAGGCCUUUGCAUUUUGAGUUAUGCUCUUAGUAAUUUUUGUUACACUGGUAACAUUUCUGUUUAUGUAUGUUCCAGUUGUUUUAAGUUUCACUAUAUGAAAAGUAUUUGGCCUUUUUACACCAGCCCUCUUCAACAUUCAUUCUGAUGUGAUUGUGCAUAUUUUGUCCAUCAAAUUAACUUUUCGUUAUCUUAUAAAAAACUGUUAUCAGAGAUUUUUUCUUUGCUCAUCAUUUGUAAAUUUUACAUAUACAAGCCAAACUGUAUUGUUUUAUUAUAUAUCAUAAUGUUUAGAGCAUGCUUGGAAGUAAACUUGCAUAAUUAGGAGUAUAUAAAUAAAUUUCCUUUAUAAAGGUUUAUUAAGAUAUGUGUAUCAUGUAUAUCAAUAAGAAGCAUGUCUUCUAGUGCUUUUUGUACAUAUUUCAUUCUUUAAUACAGAAGUAGUGCUUUCUUAAUUAUUAUGUUGUAUUGAAACAUUACACUCAAACUCAUUCAAGUGAAUUAAAUUUUCUUGCAAUUUGUUGUUCCAUUUGAAUUUAAACAUUUGUUAUAAACUAAUACAAAUGUACAUGUAUCAAUAUGAAUCGGGUAAAUCAGCUUGUAUUUUGUGAAUUUUUGGGGAUAGCCUGAGUGUCCCCUGAACAAUUUUAGUUUCAACACAUAAUGUUUAUUAUAUUAAAACAGAUCUUUCGAAAUAAAGCAAAUAGUCAAUUUGCCAAUAAAAAGAUGUGGUUUGGUAGCAAUUGCAUUGGAGUGUAACUGCACAUCUCUUUUCAAUCAUAUACGUAAACAAAGUGCUAUGUAGAGUUUCUACUGAUUUAUUUGAAUGGUUUUUUUUAUACUUAUAAAACAAGCAUUUUUUUCACAAGUCAAAAGAAAUUUAAAAUUUCAGUUCAAACCUAUUUUGAAAUCUUAUUAUCGAUCCAUCAUCAUGAUCAUAAUAUUCCUUUUCAAUGUAAAAGGUUGCUACAAUAUUCCCCAUAGAUGCAUUGAUAGCAAUACCAUUUCAAAAGCAUUACAUUUUACUGUAGGCACAUAUAGUGUUAUUAUUUGAUGUGUUCUAUAAAAUAUAGCAUUGCUGUGAUUAGUAAAUAAUAACUUUCUAUUGAUUUUCAGAGAAAUAAAUAUCUGGGAGUCUGUGGUGGCAUUUGCACAGAAACUUCUUUGGAUGGUUGGGUUUAAAACAUUUAGUAUAUUGUUUGUUUGUAGUGAGGUUCUGAUAAAAUGCCUGCAAAGACCAUGUGUAUUUUUUUCUGGAAAAGCCAUCAUGAUAACUUCAACAAUAAGCAUGUAUAACAUAUUUUUUCUGGAAAAGCCAUCAUGAUAACUUCAACAAUAAGCAUGUAUGACAUAUUUUUUCUGGAAAAGCCAUCAUGAUAACUUCAACAAUAAGCAUGUAUGACAUAUUUUUUCUGGAAAAGAUAACUUCAACAAUAAGCAUGUAUGACAUAUUUUUUCAACUUUGUUCAAGAUUACUACCUCUUAUAUUACUCAAAUCAUAUUGUUUUGAAAAUGAUGAUUUUUGUUUUUCAUAGAAAUUAAAGAAGUAUGAACCAAUUUUGUUUGAUGUACAUUCAAUUGUGUCAAGUUUGAGAACACUAUUUUUACUAUUAUAAUGUGUACAACACUUACAGGGGUCACUGAUAAUUGAUUUAUAUGAGAGAAAAAUGUGUUUAUUGUGAAAUAUACUAGGGUAGUUGAAAUGAAAAAAGGGUUUAUGAAGUUGCUUCUUUAUUAACAAAAUACUUUCCCAGAGUAAAUUGUACAACCCCAAAAGUGAGCAACCCUAUUGGUUAUGAUAUUAUCUUAUUUUAAUGAUUACAGAUAUUCCAAUUUAAAGAACAUAUCCCUUGGAAUAGAUUUAAUUAUAUACCAGUAGAUAUAACAUUACUAAAGAAAACUAUAUAGGGCAAGGUUAACAGAUAGAAGUGAUUUAAUUUGAUUGUAUUAUAUGCCCUGCCCACAUUUGUUUGAUUUCCAUGUAUAUGUUAGUUUUCUUCCCCUUUUACUCUUGUUACAGGGUCUGUUCCUAAUACAGUAUUCAUAAUUCAUUUUUGAUACAUAUUCAUCUUUUAAAAAUCUUCUGAAACCUAUAUAUUGGUAUCCCACCUUCACAUCAUUGUUAUGAGUUACCGUACUCUGGUUUAUGUUUGCAUUUAGACACAGAUGUAUGACUUCUGAACAUCUAUAAUAUAAUUUAUAUGUUUUGACAUCAUGAAAAAUAAAAAAAGUUUUACAAUUAAA